GUGUCCGGGGCGGGGGCGCGCAGGUCCCCGAAGGUGCGACUGUCCCGGGCCCUGGGUGCCCGGGCGCCGGUGGAGAGGUCAGGCUGGCGGGGCAUUGGCCCCGCGACGGCGGGUCAUGGCGGCGGGCUGCAGGCUGGAGGACGGUUCCUUGGAGAUCCUUCAAAGUAUGGAUGAUGACCCGCUUCUGGACACCCAGCCUCUCCCACACCACUCCUUACAUGCUCACUUUAGACCCAGAUUCCACCCUCUUCCUACGGUCAUCAUAGCAAAUCUUCUGUUGUUUAUACAUGUUGUGUUUGUUACUUUGGCGUUUUUAACAGGUGUGCUGUGUUCGUACCCUAAUCCGAAUGAAGACAAGUGUCCGGAAAACUACACCAGCCCACUGAGAGUCCAGACGGUCAUCAUCCUUGGGAAAGUCAGCCUGUGGGUUCUGCAUGUGCUUCUUGACCGCUACUUCCACUACCACCACAGCAAAGUCAGAGGCCGCGGCUAUUCCCAGAUCUACCGGUCUACGAGGCGUCUCAAAACACUCCCCCUCAUGGUCCACUCUUCUGGCAACACGGCACUGCUCCUCCUCCUGUGCGUACAGCAUUCCUUCCCUGAGCCCGGCAGGCUGUACCUGGAGCUGAUGCUGGCCGUCCUGGCCCUGGAGCUGACCUGCUCCCUCAGCUGUCUGCUGCUGUAUGCAGUGAAAGUUAGGAGGUUCAAUAGAGCCAAACCACAGCCUGAUGUACUUGAAGAAGAAAAAAUCUCUGCUUACCCCAGCAAUACGGUAUCCGAGACCGGCUUCAGGACUAUGUCAAACCUAGAAGAAAUUGUUGAAAAGCAAGGAGACAUAAUAGCAUAUCUGAAACGACACAAUGCCCUCCUGAGUAAGCGGUUGCUGGAACUGGCCUCUCAGCCAGCUAGAACAUGAGAGGCUCCUGGGCGUGACAGCUGUGGAGUCCACAGUCACUUCAGACCGCCCGGCUGCCACAGUUAGGACCUGCAGCCUUUGCCGAAGUCGCAGUGUGUGCUGGGAACGUGAGCCCCUGGGUGGUUAAAGCAGUCUGGAAAACUUGAGAAUGUUUCGCAUAGUUUGAAGUAAUUUAACUUCUUGACUUUUCUGGAAUCCAAGCUAUAGUUUAAGAACCCUGGAAUAAUUUGGCUGUUUGGAAAGCAAGUGUGACAUGACAAUCUGCUGUAAACGUGGUUUAAAAACCAGUGAGGUCUUGCCACAGUUAAGCUGCUGAGAGAAGGCAUUAUUUCCUGUGGUUGAUGUUUGCUUCCGAAGAGGCUCCCAUGCAUUUUAUAUGUGUGUGGACGAGAGAAAAGUCAACUAACUUGGUUUUUGUUUGCUUGCUUGUUUUCGGGUGCUGGGGAUCAAACCCAGAUGCCUCACACAUAGUAAGCAAACACUCUGUCACUGAGUCAGCUUUUACAAAGAAUUUCCUUCAGCCAGUUGUGGUGACUCACACCUGUAAUCCCAGCACCUGAAGAGCUGAGGCAGGGGCAUCACUACUAGCUUGAGGUCAGCCCAUUGCCCAGUCCUUAGAAUGAGACCUUGCUCCAAAAGCACAAAACAGUUUCCUCAUAUAGGACCGAUCUCACAGGACAUAGGCUGUGCCAGUCCUGCAGUGUGUUGUCGAGAAAUAGAAUGCCAAGAACUCCUGGGGCAAUGGGAGCCCAAGUGGUGACGUGGUGACGCCUGUAACACGGUGAGACCUUCCAUGGGCCAGAGUUGAGAGACUCGGGGAAUAAUCUGCUACUUUCACUUCAGUUUGCCCUUCUUCAAGGAGUUGCCGUGUAUCUCUCUACUACACUGUGAUUUCACCAGUGCGUUUAAUGAGCUGAGUGUGGUGGCUCAGACCUGUCAUCCUACUCCUUGCGAGGCAGACAUAGGAAGGUCAAGACUGACCAGGUCCACAGAAUGAGUUUCAGGCCAGCCGGGGCUACAGAGAGAUCCCGUCCCCCGCAAAAAAAAAAAAAAAAAAAAAAAAAAAAAAACCACAAAAAAUAAAAAUGUGUUAAAGUAUAGGCAUAAGACCGUCUGUGGGUUAAAAGUUGACCAAAUGGUGCUGGUGAAAUGGCUCAGUAGGAAAAGUACUAGUUAUACAAGCCUGGUGACCUGAGUCACCAGGAACCAUUGGUGGAGGAGAAGCCAACUCCUGAAAGUUGUGCUCUGGCCUUUAAACUCUCAACAAGACGCUCUUGUGUGUGCACCGACACGCGUCACAUGCACACCACACAAAUACACACAAUACUACAGGUUUUCAUUGUCCAAAUAGGAAAAAGAUUCUUGUUGGUCUUGGAUUAUAGUUCAGAAUUGUCAUGGGAUUCAAAUGUCAAGUCGAUUUCUCUCUAGGUAUUAUUAAACAGAUUAAUUCCUGCAGUGAAAAUGAAGUGUUUUCAUGUGGCAAUGCUUCUCCUAGAGCUCCUUUUGAUCAAUUGGUGCCUUUGUUUUUGGUUUUUGAGAUAGGACCUCAUGUCGCUAGGGCUGGCCUUGGAAUCUCUUGCUUCCAUCUCCCAGUUGGUGAGAUCAUGAGUGUCAGGUGUCUCUGCCUAAAAUUAGAACGACUUUUCCCUGAGGGCUUAUGAGUGUGAUCUCUGUUCUGCAGGUUGCAGUCUGUAGCCCUGCAGAAUUAUAACAUAAUUAUAUCGGGAUAUGAUGGAUGCAACCUGACAGGCAAGGACUGUUCAUUCGAUCCUACAAACUCUUGCUUGUGGACAGUAAAUUCCCGUUUCCUUUAGAUACAGCCACUGCAGGGGCACUCUAAAAGUUUUCCUCCUCCAAGAUAAACAUAUACAUGCCUUCUGCCAGUAAUAUGGUGGAGUCCCCAAACAGUAAUUAACAUUCACAUAUUGAAACCAGAAUGUACUUAAGAGUUGGCAGGGGCUGGAAAGAUGGCGCAGUGGUUAGGUGCGCAGACGGAGCCUGCGGAAGAUGGAGUUCAGUUCCCAGACCCAGCUUGCCGUUUCUUCUAUGAAUGAAAUUGGUGUCAAUCCCAGAUCUGUGACCUUUCAUUACUCUCUUGCGACAUGCAUCCCAAAUCCUUUGCUCAUCCUUCUCCUGGGAUAUUCUUGGGAUUGUUGUUGUUCUUGUUUCUUAAGGCAAGGUCUCAGGUAGCCCAGGCUGGCCUCGAACUCCCUGUGUACUCAAGAAUGACCUUGAACUUGUGAUCCUUCUCCCUGCAUCUCUCAAGUGCUGGGAUUGCAGGCAUCCCCAUCUCUGUCCCCUUUAUGGAACAGGAAUUGAGCUCCGUCCUUCGUGCAUGCUACCAACUGAGCUUUAUCUCCAGCUCCUUUGUGCUUUUCCUUUUUUUUUUUUUUUUUUGUAAAUCUUUAACAUGCUUAUUUUUAAUUUAAUGACUUUAAUAAAAUUAUUGUUUAGUGUACCUACACAGAAUAGAAUUCCUUAAAAUAUAUUUUUUUAUUAAAUCUUAUUCUUUUUCUUUUAAAUAGGUUUUUAAUUUUACUGUGUAUAAAUGUUUUGCCUGCUUAUAUGCCUGUGAAGUGUGUGUGCCUGGUGCCCAUGGAUACUAGAAGAGAGUAUCAGAUCACCUAGAACUGGGGUUACAGGUGGUUGGGAGCCAUCAUGUGAGUGCUGGGAAUGAAACCCAGGUCCUUUGGAGGAGCAUCCAGCAUGGUAACCACUGAGCCAUAACUCUGGCCCCAGGGCAUCUGAUUCUGAUCACCUCAACUCCCUUCUUCUCCAAACAUUUAUAUUUUAACUCAGCAGUCAGAGAUCUUUCUUCCUUGUACAUUAUUGUUUUAUGUUAUGUGUAUGGGUGUUUUGCCUGCAUGUAUGUCCAUGGACCAUGUGCAUAUCUGCUGCCUGAGAAGGCCGGAAGAGGGCAUUCAACACACUGGAACUGACGUUACUGAGGGGUGGGUCACCAUGGGGUAACAAGGCAUCAAACCUGGAUCCUCUAGAAGAGCAGCCAGUACCCUUUAACCACCGAGCCAUCUGUCUAGCCCCAGAGAUCUAAACCACAAAUUAGGCCAUGUGACUGUGCACAUACUUCCUUCUCAAAAUCGAAGGGCUGACAGUGAAGGUCCUUCGGAAAUCAACUCCUCUCCCCACUCCACCGUUUUCCCUAGUUCUCUGCUGGCACUGCUUUAUUCCUGCUUCGGUGGUUUGGACUGCCAAGCACGUGACCACCUCUGGACCUUUGCACCUGCUGUUCCCUUGGCCUAGAGUGAUCAACUCUCACAUAUUCAUCUCCCUUGUGUCGCUGAAUGAGGAAGUCGCACAUCCUGGAGCAGUGGCUCGUUCGUGCCUGUCAUCCUAGCACUUGGGCAGCCAAGGCAGGAAGAUCAAGUCUGGGGCUGUCUUGGUUACACAUGGAGUUCAAGGGCGGCUGGGGCUGCACGACACCCCAUCUCAAUAACAGUCACCUGCAGCCUCGGUGUUGGGUCUGCGGCUCAAGGGCAUAGUGUUUGCCUAGAGUAGUCAACCUCGAAGCUGGAUUCUAUCCCAGCACCCAAAAUCAGUCGUCAGUCAAAACCACAGCCUCCUCCGAAUGCUGGCACGUGCUCACCCUCAGGGCUGUAGCAGUCCCCAGCACCCAUGGCAAGUGGCUCACAACUACCUGCCUACCUCCAACUCCAGGGGAUCUUACACUCUUCUGGCCUGGCACACGCAGAUUCCUAAAUGCAGACAUGCACACACACAUACAGCUAAAUCAGAGAAAUAUUUUAUAACAAGAGAAAUUCACAGGGAGCAGCUGGGCAUGGUGGCUCAUCUCAGUAACCACAAUACCCAGGAAGCUGGAACAGGAUUGCUUCAGAUCUGGGGCUAGCCUUUGCUAGAGGGAGACCCCGUCUCAAAAACAAAAAGUUGUAACUAAAUACUCUUCUAGCCCAGCCUUGUGGUCCAGGCCUGUCAUGUCAGCGUGUGGAGAAUCAACAGUUGGGAUCACCCUCAGCUAGACAGUGAAUCAGAGGACAGCCUGGAACAACAAAAGACGCUAUUGUAUGCUAACUGAAAAUGUGACUGAUUCACCUCUGCCCAUCUCACAGCACCAGUGCUUGGGCCAUUGGGGCAGAGGGCAGAUCCAGACUAGAACACCAGGGUACAGAGUGUUGCUACUGAUGACAUCAUUGGGGAGGCCCUGGGGUCCUUUAAUGAAUGAGGAAAAGUAUACAUUUUAAAAAUUAAUUUUAUGCAUCUGAGUGUUUUGCCUGCAUAUAUGUAUGCGUGUGCACCUGUACACGCCUAAUCCCCGAGGCCAGAAGAGGGCAUCCUAUUUCCUGGAACCCACAAGGUUUAGGGAGAGAACCGACUCCAGCACGUUGUCCUGUGUCUUCCACUUGGCUGUCAUGGUACAGGUGCCCACCCAUAAACCCACACAAUAAAUGUAAUUUUGAUGAAAGGUCCCUUCUGGACCUGAGAAACAGCUCAGUUGGUAGACUGCUAACCUGUUAUGCGUGAAGCCCUGGGUUCCGUUCUCCACAGUGCAUACAACUGGGGAUGGUAGCACAUGCCUAUAAUUCCAGCACUUGGGAGGUGGAGGGAGGAAGUGCAAAAAGUCACCACCACCCCUACCCCCCAAAAGCAAAAAACCAGAUUCUCCUGCUUCUAAGUGCAGAAAUACGGCCACAAGCCACCAAGCCUGGACAUUUAAGAAUUAAGUGAAGGGAGCUGAAGAGAUAGUUCUCAGUUAAGAGUACCAGCUGCUGUUCCAGAGGUCCUGAGUUCAAUUCCCAGCAACUUCAUGGUGGCUCACAACCAUCUAUAGUGGGAUCUGAUGCCCUCUUCAGGCAUAAAGGCGUACAUGAAGAUAUAGCACUCAUACAUAAAAUAAAUCUUUAAAAAAAAAAGGAUUAAGUAAAAAACUAUGAGAAGACAAUAGUGAUAACUCCAGACCAUGAGGAACAACCUUUACAUAUAGAAUCAUUUUUCUUUUAUUAAAAUUAAAUUUAAUGGAUAAAAACGGUACAUUAAAAGGAACCUUGUCACGUUUCAA